GUUUGUUAUCUUGCAGAAAACUAGAAUGUCAAAGCACACUCAUCCUGAUCCUACUCAAGUGAAGGAUGGGUUUGAACCUUUAUUAGAAGAAUACUAUGAAGGAAAACAUCUCAGUGAACCUAUCAAAGAAAUCAAGGAUAAAUGGAAACUAUUACCAGCUUUUUUACAAGUCAAAGGUUUAGUGAAGCAACAUACUGAUUCAUUCAAUUAUUUUAUCAAUGUUGAUCUACGAAAAAUCAUUAAAGCCAAUGAAAAGGUUACCUCAGAUGUCGAUCCUAAUUUUUAUCUCAAAUAUACGGGCAUUCGAGUGGGUUCUCCUGAACGAACAGAUGCAGACGUCGCCAACCGCAGUUAUACACCUCAUGAAUGUCGGUUACGUGAUCUCACUUACUCUGCUAAUAUCUUUGUGGACGUGGAGUAUACUCGUGGAAAACAAAUUGUGAAACGAAAAAAUGUCAAUAUUGGACGUAUGCCUAUCAUGUUACGAUCUUCUCAUUGUGUUUUGACUGGCAAAAGUGAAGCAGAAUUGGCGAAAAUGAGAGAAUGUCCUUUGGAUCCAGGUGGUUACUUUAUUGUGAAGGGGACUGAAAAAGUGAUUUUGGUACAAGAACAAUUAUCCAAAAAUCGUAUCAUUGUAGAUACUGACAAAAAGGGAAAUAUUGUUGCGAAUGUACAAAGUUCAACUCACGAACGUAAAUCGAAAACUGCCAUCUUUGUCAAACAUAACAAAAUUUAUCUCAAGCACAACUCUAUUGCUGAAGAUAUUCCGGUGACCAUUUUCAUGAAGGCUUUGGGGAUUCAAUCUGAUCGGGAAAUUGCUCAGCUUGUAUGUGGUAACGAUCAUGACUUGCAUGAUACGUUCGCUAUUAAUUUGGAAGAAGGUGCUAAAUGUAAAGUAUUUACUCAAAUGCAAGCAUUGGAUUAUAUUGGUGCGAAGGUCAAGAUCAAUCGAAAACUCACUACCGUUAGGAAAACCAUUGCGGAAGAAGCUUUGGAAGUAUUGGCAACUGUUAUUCUCGCUCAUAUCCCUGUGGAAAAUUUGAACUUUCGUGAAAAAAGUGUUUACGCUGCUGUGAUGAUCCGUCGUGUAUUGGUGGCUAUGAAUGAUGAAGUACAAGUGGAUGAUCGUGAUUACGUUGGUAACAAACGUUUGGAAUUGGCUGGUCAAUUACUAUCAUUGCUAUUCGAAGAUUUGUUCAAGAAAUUCAACUCUGAUCUCAAAAUCAACGCGGAUAAGGUCCUCAAAAAACCAAAUAGAACACAAGAAUUUGAUAUCUUUAAUCAACUUGUUCUUCAUGGCGAUCAUAUUACAAGUGGAUUUAUUCGGGCUAUCUCUACAGGAAAUUGGGUGCUCAAACGUUUCAAGAUGGACCGUGCUGGUAUCACACAGGUAUUAUCUCGUCUUUCAUAUAUUUCCGCUUUGGGUAUGAUGACAAGAAUCAGUUCACAAUUCGAAAAAACAAGAAAAGUGUCUGGUCCAAGAGCUUUGCAGCCAUCUCAAUGGGGUAUGUUAUGUCCUUCUGAUACUCCUGAAGGUGAAGCAUGUGGGCUUGUUAAGAACUUGGCAUUAAUGACUCAUAUUACUACUGAUGAUGAAGAAGAUCCUAUUCGACGUGUGGCAUUUUCUUUGGGUGUGGAAGAUAUCAAUCUAUUGACAGGUGCUGAAGUAUAUCAACCAAAUACCUUUAUUGUACUUCUCAAUGGUGGCAUCCUUGGUGUAACUCGCCGUACUCAAAAAUUUGUUUCUGAUUUCCGUCGUUUGCGUCGUGCUGGUCGUGUAUCAGAAUUUGUAUCUGUAUUUGUUAAUACACAUCAACGUACUGUGAAUUUAUCUUCUGAUGGUGGUCGUAUCUGUCGUCCUUUGAUUAUCGUAGAACGUGGUCGACCUCGUGUGACUCAACAACAUAUCAAUGCACUGAUUGCUGGCGAUUUGGUAUUCGAUGACUUUUUGCGCAAGGGCUUGGUAGAAUACUUGGAUGUGAACGAAGAAAGUGAUGCAAACAUUGCUACCUAUGAAAGAGACAUUAUACCACAAACAACCCAUUUGGAAAUUGAACCUUUUACUAUCCUUGGUGCUGUUGCUGGUCUUAUUCCUUAUCCUCAUCACAAUCAAUCUCCUCGAAAUACUUAUCAAUGUGCGAUGGGUAAACAAGCUAUCGGUGCCAUUGGUUAUAAUCAACUCAAUCGUAUUGAAACUCUUAUCUAUCUUAUGGUGUACCCACAACAACCCAUGGUCAAAUCAAAGACAAUUGAAUUGAUUGGUUAUGAUAAGCUCCCUGCUGGUCAAAAUGCUACUGUGGCUGUCAUGAGUUACUCUGGUUAUGAUAUUGAAGAUGCUUUAGUUUUGAACAAGUCUGGUCUCGAUCGUGGAUUUGGUCGUUGUCAAGUGAUGCGAAAAUAUUCUACUAUGAUCAAGCGAUACCCUAAUGGAACACAUGAUCGACUUGCAGAUCCACCAUCACGGGAUUCUGAAUUUUUCGAUAAAUCUUUCGAUACAGUAGAACAAGAUGGUAUUUCUGGUGUAGGUGAAGCUGUGGAAGCUGGCGAUGUUUUUAUCAAUCGACAAACACCUGUAGGUGGCAACGAUAUGGGAGUUGCAGGAGCUAGUCAACAACCAACAACGUACAAAUCAGCACCAAUGCGAUACAAGUCACCACAAACAGGGUACAUUGACAAAGUUCUAUUCACCACCACAGAAAGUGAUCAAACGUUGAUCAAGGUCAAUAUUCGACAAACACGACGUCCUGAACUUGGUGAUAAAUUCUCUUCUCGUCAUGGACAAAAAGGGGUAUGUGGUAUUAUUGUACAACAAGAAGAUAUGCCAUUCAGUGAUUUGGGAGUAUGUCCUGAUAUUAUUAUGAAUCCUCAUGGUUUUCCUUCACGUAUGACGGUGGGCAAGAUGAUUGAAUUACUUUCUGGUAAGGCAGGUGUACUUGCAGGCAAACUUCAAUAUGGUACAGCUUUUGGUGGUAGUAAAGUAGAAGACAUGAGUAAGAUUUUGAUGGAACAUGGUUUCAAUUAUGCUGGAAAAGAUUAUGUUACUUCUGGUAUUACUGGUGAACCAUUAUCUGCUUAUAUCUUCUUUGGUCCAAUUUAUUAUCAAAAACUCAAACAUAUGGUGAUGGAUAAAAUGCAUGCUCGUGCUCGUGGACCUCGUGCAACAUUGACUCGACAACCUACAGAAGGUAGAUCUCGUGAUGGUGGUCUUCGUCUUGGUGAAAUGGAACGUGAUUGUUUAAUCGGGUAUGGUGCAAGUAUGUUAUUAUUGGAACGUUUGAUGAUUUCUUCCGAUUCUUUUGAAAUCAAUGUAUGUGAUGCCUGUGGUUUGAUUGGUUAUGCUGGUUGGUGUCAAUACUGCAAAAGUUCCAAGGAUAUGAAAGCCAUGAAGAUUCCCUAUGCUGCUAAACUUUUAUUCCAAGAAUUGAUGGCCAUGAAUGUCAGUCCACGUAUGAUUCUUGGUGAUGCUAUUUAGAAUCCUCUUUUUUUUUUUUUUUAUCUCAUAGUUUUACAUUUUAUAUUCAUGCAUUUUCUCAACUUUUUAUUUUAUUGUGUUUAUUAUUUACCAUUGAAUCACACCAUUUUUUUUUAUUUUGUUUGGUUGACUUUAACUCUUUUAUUUUUUUUUUUCCUCGUUGUAUAUAUACACAUUUCAUCUAUCUCUUCUUUUUUUUACAUUUGUAACUCAAUAAAAUGAAC